ACUUGAUUUCAAUGAAGACAAAUCAAGAAAAUCUGAGGGAGGAUUAAAAGAGUUUUUAAUAAAGAGAGGCAGAAUCAUGUUUAUUAAUAAUUGUUGAUCUUAGUAAUUUCAUACAAUUACAUCACAUCAAAAUCACAAAAACAACAUUGAUUUGUUAGUAACUUGUAAAUGGAUACCUAAUUAUGGAAAAGUUUCCACUAAGAAAGACUAGUUCAGGCUCCACAGCAUCACCAACAUCUCCAACAUACCAAUCAGUAAGCAAAAAAUAUACAAAUGGAGGAAACAGAGCAACAUACACCCCCACUGAAGAGAUGGUAGAAAUUUCAACUUCCAAUCAUGGUUACAAACGCAAUCUUUCUCCAGACGACGAGGAUGAUGAAGCAAUGCAAUAUACAAUUUCUUUUGGGGGCGUACAGGACUCUUCUGAAAUACCCGGCAUUGGCCAAUACGAUGAUUUCCAUACUAUUGAUUGGCAAAGGGAUAUUGCCAGAGAUCGUAUGAGACAUAGGCAUCUAGUCAAGAGAAAACAAGAUUCUCUCUGGAAUUUGGUUGAAGGAGCUCAUGAUGCAUGGUCUGGUUGGCUUUGUGUGCUAUUAGUAGGAUUGUGUACAGGCAUAGUAGCUGGUGUUAUAGAUAUUGGGGCUAGUUGGAUGUCUGAUCUCAAAUUCGGUAUCUGCCCCCAAGCUUUCUGGCUAAACCAAGAACAGUGCUGUUGGUCAUCUAAUGAAACAGGCUUUGGUAAUGGAAACUGUUCACACUGGUAUACCUGGUCGGAAAUUCUAGGAAAUAAAAAUGAUGGUUUUGCAGCCUAUACAAUAUCCUAUUUGUUCUACAUUAUGUGGGCUCUUCUUUUUGCAGCUCUGUCUUCAUCUUUAGUACGAAUGUUUGCCCCAUACGCUUGUGGUUCUGGAAUACCUGAAAUCAAAACAAUACUCAGCGGUUUUAUUAUCAGAGGAUAUCUUGGAAAAUGGACACUUAUCAUAAAAAGUGUAGGUUUGAUCUUGUCCGUAUCCUCUGGUCUUAGUUUAGGUAAAGAAGGACCGAUGGUUCACAUAGCUUGUUGUAUUGGCAAUAUUUUGUCAUAUUUAUUUCCAAAGUACGGACGCAACGAAGCGAAAAAGAGGGAGAUAUUAUCUGCUGCAGCAGCAGCAGGAGUAUCUGUAGCCUUUGGCGCUCCUAUCGGCGGUGUUCUGUUCAGUUUGGAAGAAGUUAGUUAUUAUUUUCCUCUUAAAACCCUUUGGAGGUCAUUUUUUUGCGCUCUAAUUGCCGCAUUCAUCUUACGUUCAAUCAAUCCGUUCGGAAACGAACAUUCAGUAUUAUUUUACGUAGAGUAUAAUAAACCUUGGAUUUUCUCAGAAUUGAUACCGUUUAUCGGUCUAGGCAUAGUUGGAGGAAUCAUAGCCACCAUAUUCAUAAAAGCCAAUCUAUAUUGGUGUCAGUAUAGAAAACGUUCCAGGCUCGGUAAGUACCCAGUCACAGAGGUUCUCGUUGUAACACUCAUCACUGCUAUCGUAGCCUACCCCAACAGGUACACCCGGAUGAGUAUGUCCCAACUGAUCUAUCUGUUAUUCAGCCAGUGCGGUAUUUCGAAUUUAGACUACUUGUGUGAUUACAAUCGUAACUUUACAGAUGUGAAUUCUAUAGAAAUUGCCGAAGCAGGUCAGGGGGUUCACAGGGCAAUCUACCUGCUCAUUAUGGCGUUAGUUUUGAAACUUAUAAUGACGGUGUUCACUUUUGGUAUUAAGGUACCUUGCGGGCUGUUUAUUCCCAGUCUGUGUUUGGGAGCUAUCGUUGGUAGGAUAUGGGGCAUCGCUAUGGAACAAUUGGCGUUUUAUUACCCCAAAAAUUGGAUGUUUACCGGUGAAUGUUCAACAGGGGACGAUUGCAUAACACCUGGUCUUUACGCAAUGGUUGGGGCUGCUGCAGUAUUAGGAGGAGUCACCAGGAUGACCAUUUCUUUAGUGGUGAUUAUGUUCGAGUUGACCGGAGGGGUAAGGUAUAUAGUCCCUUUGAUGGCAGCCGCCAUGGCUAGCAAAUGGGUGGGUGAUGCCCUGGGUAAACAAGGCAUCUACGAUGCCCACAUAGCCUUGAACGGUUACCCCUUUUUAGACUCCAAAGAUGAGUUCCAGCACACUUCCUUGGCUGCCGAUGUGAUGCAACCCAAACGUAACGAGCUGUUGAGUGUUAUAACUCAAGAUACAAUGACAGUAGAGGACAUCGAGGCUCUACUGAAAGAAACCGAGCAUAACGGAUAUCCGGUUGUUGUUUCCACUGAAAAUCAGUAUUUAGUCGGGUUUGUUCUUCGUCGAGACCUAAAUUUAGCCAUAGCCAAUGCUAAACGGAUGAUCGAAGGUAUUAAUGGUAAAUCCAUGGUUUUGUUCACUAACAGUAACUCCCCCCAAAAUUUGGGGUCUCCUCCGUUGAAACUCAAGAAGAUAUUAGAUAUGGCACCUAUCACUAUCACGGAUCAGACACCUAUGGAAACUGUUGUGGAUAUGUUCAGGAAAUUGGGUCUCAGACAAACUCUAGUCACUCAUAACGGUCGGUUGUUAGGUGUUAUUACUAAAAAAGAUGUCUUGCGGCACAUUAGGCAAAUGGAUAAUGAAGAUCCUAAUUCUGUUUUAUUCCACUGAUCGAUUUAGAAGUCUGAUUUCUAGUUCUUAGAUAUUUAUUUGUAUUAUUUUGUUGAAUAUAUUGUAUACAAGGAAUAAAUAUUUUACCAUAAUCUUA